AUGGGCACUAGGGCAGCGAGGAUCCCCUGUGGGCAUGGCGGUGCCCUACUCUGGCCCCUGCUGUUACUGCUGUCCCUGAGCCCUAAGGCCGGUCCUGUCCUAAAGUCUAGCAUCCCCAGUCCCUCAAAGGUUCCUGAGAUAGCACCAGGAAGACCGCAGCCACAGCAAGGAUGGGAACGGUCGGCCAGCCGGAACCAAGAUCCUGUGAGCAGACCAGGUCUGUGUGAAAGGCAGUGGGCGGGCGAUGAAUGGGUGGAGGCCAUAAGGGCCAAGACUGUGUCUCUAAUAGAUUGCAUGGGGGGUGUCUCCACAGUGUGUGGGAAGCCGAAGAUAGUUGGGAAAGUGUUCGGCGGCCAGGACACGUUGGCGGGCCAGUGGCCAUGGCAGGCCAGCCUGCUGUACCGGGGCUUGCACCUCUGUGGAGCUGUCCUCAUCGACUCCCACUGGCUGGUUUCCACAGCCCACUGUUUUCGAAACAAAUCCCAGGCCCCAGAGGACUAUGAGGUACUGUUGGGCAAUAAUCAAUUGUACCAGAAAACAAAGCACACUCAGAAGAUCCCUGUGAACCGUAUCAUCAAUCAUCCAGACUUUGAGAAGUUUCAUUCUUUUGGGAGUGACAUUGCAAUGCUGCAGCUGCGUUUGCCCGUAAACUUCACAACCUAUGUUGUACCUGCCUGUCUCCCAUCCAAAGACACACAGCUCUCCAAUCACACAUCCUGUUGGAUAACUGGUUGGGGAAUGCUUUCUGAAGACACAAAACUGUUACCACCAUUCUCACUCCAGGAGGGCGAGAUGGGCAUCAUUGAGAAUGAGUUCUGUAAUGCCUUAUAUGGGCAAAGACUAGGCCAAAGCAGGAACUAUGUGCAUGAGGAAAUGCUGUGUGCAGGGGGGCUCUCCACGGGAAAGUCCAUCUGCCGGGGUGAUUCUGGGGGCCCCCUCGUCUGCUACCACAUCAGUGCUUGGGUCCUGGUAGGACUGGCCAGCUGGGGCCUGGACUGCUGGCCUUCUAUUUACCCCAGCGUCUUCACCAGGGUCACCUACUUCACUGACUGGAUCAGCCAAGUCGAGAGACUCACUCCACUUCCAGUACCUGAAUCUGUGUCUCUUCACACAGAACUUCUACCCAGACCUCUGAAGGCUGCUGGUUCCCCACAACCCUGCAGCAUCCUUGUGGCUGCACAAAUCUGGUUCCUGCUGUUAUUUAUCCCCGAAGCUCCACAGUGGGCCCCAGGGUGA